GGGAUUUCUACACGGACAGACAGCGCAAUGAAGAGCAGCGUCGACCCGUCAUCAUGUGCACCGGGCUUCCGAGGACUGCCUGUCCCCUGCGACUUAUCGCCCUCUGCCUUCUUCUCUCCCAUGCAGCAGCCUAUUUCGGGCUUACAGGUCGCGAACCCCUGGUCUUUCUGCCGGGUCCAUUCUCUAACGAGCCUCCGAGCGGUAAAGCGCACCUGAAGCAAUGCGAGCAGAUGACUUUGACGCGCCGGCAAAAGCGCCUGUGUCGGCGGGAACCGGGGAUGGCGGAGACUCUGAGGGAAUCUGUCCGCCUCAGCUUCCUGGAGUGCCGCUAUCAGUUCCGCAACGAGCGCUGGAACUGCAGCAUGGAUGGCCGUGAAAGCCUUUUAAAACGAGGUUUUAAAGAGACGGCCUUUCUGCUCGCGGUGUCAUCAGCAGCGCUGUCUCACGCGCUGGCCAAAGCGUGCAGCUCAGGGCGGAUGGAGCGCUGCACCUGCGAUGAUUCUCCGGGUCUGCAGCAGCGCGAGGCCUGGCAGUGGGGUGUGUGCGGGGACAAUUUGAAAUACAGCACCAAGUUUCUCAAGAAGUUUCUGGGGCAAAAACGGGUCAGCAAGGACCUGCGUGCCCAGAUCGACGCUCAUAACAUUAACGUCGGUAUUCGGGCAGUGAAGAGUGGACUUAAGACUACUUGUAAGUGUCACGGUGUCUCUGGCUCCUGUGCUGUGAGGACAUGCUGGAAGCAGCUUUCCCCUUUUCAUGACACAGGCCACCUGCUGAAGUAUCGUUAUGAUACCGCCGUUCGUGUGCACAGUGUCACCAAUGCCGCCACGGGGGAGACUGAACUGGCAGGGCCCCAUCGUCAUAGCAACACAGGUCCCCGGCCAAGGCCCACCGAACUGGUGUUUCUGGAGGAGUCACCCAGCUUCUGCAGGCCAUCGCGCUAUUCACCUGGAACUGCCAGCAGACCGUGCUCUAAGGACACAAGCUGCAGCAGCCUGUGCUGUGGACGUGGCUACAACACAGCCCUGCACCUCACAACCCUCUCCUGCCACUGCCAAGUCCGCUGGUGCUGUCACGUAGAGUGUCAAACCUGCCUCAGAGAGGAGGAGGUCUAUACCUGCAAGAAACAUUGAGAGACCAAGCAGGAGAUUGAAGGAGACAAAGAGUAAGGGGAGGAAGUGGAAAGUGAGGAGGGUACUUCAUGCAUUACAUGGAAAAGUCAACUAGUAGAAUUUAAAGAGAGGAUAAAUGCACAAGAUGUAUUUCAGGAGGAAAAGGUUUGGAGGUUAUCAUCCAGGUAACGCUAAGGUAGAAGAUGUUGAUGAUGAUCAAAAGAGAGAACAUCUGCCAGUCUCACCCGAUUUAGAUUGGCUGCAAUGAGAUGUCUAAAUACUGAACGUCACUCUCUCAAACUCUGGGCUCCCAGACAAGUGUAGGCGAACUUUUACAUGGGUCUGAGAGCAUUUGUGAGAUGCUUGAGUAAAUGAAAAUUGCUCGUCUUCUGUCAUGGAAUCCUUGUCUUCAAACUGAGAGCUCAUCUCGCAUGAAGUGGAACUGCUUGACUUUUGCUGAAAUGUAGUGUUAAGCCAGUGACUAUCUAAGAACCCCAUAGGGAUGGUUGCCUUUUGAUCAGUUUGUGCCGAACGCACACUUUAUGGCAAUGGACUUGAGAUCUGCAAUGUUCAUUAAUACUCAAACUAAUAGUUUUGAGGCAGUCUGCCCAAUUACUUUUCUGACUGCAUGUCUGACUGUUUGUCUCUAUAUUUGCCUAUACUGUAUAUCUGUCUAUUGCUCUGAGAGUCCACUUAUGACUUAAAACGUAUACUGAGAAUAUGAAGCACUUCUGAAUGCUUUUGGUGAAUAUAUAUA